AUGUGGCUGUGUAGCCGAGGCGUGAAUUAUCUCGACCGUGACCUAGGCCCCUACCGGCGGCUGCUCAAACAAGUGCAUGGAGGCUCAGUAUUCUGUAGAAAGCGUUGAGGGUCAACGAGAAACUUGCUCACCUCAAGAAGCUCAUGGUGGACAAAGGAACAGUGAUGUUCCUACUAUUUCGUCGUCUGCGUCUAUACGCUGCAUGAUUAUACCUGACCUUCAGUGGAAAAUCUUCCAGUUGAUCCAUGACGCCUUUACGGAGCACUGGAGAAAUAAGACGCUCCUGGCGCUUGCUUUGACGUGCAAGUCAUUCACUGGACUUGCACUGGACCUUCUAUGGGAAGACCUAUCUGGGCUUGCACCACUUAUUAGAUGUCUACCUGUGGACUUAUGGAAAAAUGUUAGUAACGGAUACCUGGAAUUUCAAAGGACCAUGACCAUCGAUGACUGGUCUAUUUUUUGCAAAUACAGCUACCGUGUCCGUUCACUCAAAACAGCGGCUAAUACAUUUGGUACCGGCAUUUGGCGUACCCUCAACUGUCCUCCCUUCCCCCUUCCAUUGCUCCCAAACUUGGUGUCUCUAGUUUGGGGUGAGACUGCCAGCGAAACGUUUCUAUCUAUCCGGUUGUUUGUGACCCCAAAAUUGACGACACUUGAUAUCGCCCAUAAGAUCAUAUUUGGUCUUUCCGAACAGUCCAUUUUGUUAUGUAUCCCGAUGCUGUGCCCUUCUGUCUCGAACUUCAGUAUUCAUCGGGAGAUAGAAGCAGGAGACAUAUCGACCUCGUUGCAAUACUGGUCUCAUCUAUCCUCUGUGAGCACUGGAGAAAUUUCCGAGGUGGCCAUACAAUACCUGUCCAACUUGACCUCACUCCGAUUUCUCAAAUUUCGCUUACCUUCAACGCCCCUAUUUGUGGGUACACAAAGGCGCCUGCAGCGACAUGCAUUCUGUGCGCUGCAAGAGCUAACCGUAGAGUCCGAAACACUACAAGAUUUAGAUGCGUUCUUCCAAACACUCUCCAUUUCUCCAGAAGUGCUAUCUUUCACCAUCACCGACGAAACGACGUCUACCACAUUGGUCCUGCCGUCUUUGAUUUCGCGUCUACCCAAUGUAUGCGCGCACAGCUCACUGCAACAGGUGCAAUUCAGCGUUGCUGAUUGGUCUACUGAUAUCAACAACACAAUCGCAAUUGUAUCCUUUCAACCACUCUCCGUUUUUCGCAAUCUUCGCAAGCUUGGCUUCGAAAUAGACCCCUAUUUGCAGUUAGAUGAUGCUGCCCUUUUGCAGAUGAUCAAGGCCUGGCCGCUUCUGGAAGAGUUGCACUUCAAUAAAUCACGCAUGAGACAUCAUGUCACCUCAAAUACCUUCGUCUCGCUGUUGCAACAUUGCCCAUAUUUAGUCUCGGUUGGCAUUGCCGUAGACUGGUCUGCUAUAGACAAAGAUAACAUACCCGCCGAUGUUCCUUACCAUGGAUUUGCACACAAGGCGCUAUCUCAUGCAUUCUUUAGUACAUCAAAAAUUCGCCAUCCGACAAGGAUUGCUGCUUUCAUAUCGGCCAUCGCACCUAAUAUGAAAUCAGUUGAGGCAUGGGACAUUGAUAUGUACGCGGAAGAUCCAGACUUCGACAAAUACUUCUCAAGGUGGCAUCUCGUCCAGUUUUUGGUCAAGUUCUUCUCCGUGGUUCGCGAGCAGGGGAGGAGAAUGGUGCUGAAUGCAGGUGAAUGGGCUGAUGAAGACCGUUGCAGGGCUGCGCAGCCAGCACAGGAAACUGAAAAUGGGGAGGCGGACGUUGGUGACGUUGGUGGGGGUGGAGAGGGUUCCGAGGAAGAUAACGGAAGCGAGGAUGAAUAUUUGCCUUAUUCUGGCCAGGGUUUGUCAGACUCGGAGGAGGAAGGGUAAAUCAAAAUGUAGACAAUCGUGCACUGAGUUCACCUUGUUACUUGCGCCCAUUUGUCUUGCUCGAUUUCCCCCCAUUUAAUAGAGUGCCUCAAAUAAAAAUGUGGGUGAAGUCGCUCACACUGUUACACAAACGUUCCUUGCC